GAUAGUAAUAGGACAGGACUGGAGAUCUCUGUGACGUCUCUUCUUCCUGGAGGUUGGAUUAUGGGUGGGACAGGAUCUCCGGGAGUUAUAUAAUAACUUUUAUUGUGGUCACUUGAUUAAAUGAUUCAAUGAUUAAAGCUGAAUAUUCCCCAUAAGAGGAGAGAAGAUCAGAGACGUCUGCACUGGAUCUGCCGAGCUCUCCGCACCAAGUAAGAAGUUCUGAACCUGACCCACCACCACCAUAGGUGCUACUUCAAGCUUCUUACUCUCUAUUCUAGGGUUUCCCGACCAGGGUGCCUCCAACUGUUGCAAAACUACAACUCCCAGCAUGCCCGCACAGCCAAAGGCAACAGCUGGAGACACCCUGGUAAGGAAACCCUGCUCUGUUGACCUGCAUGACCUGAACUCAUGAGCAGAGAAUAGGAAACUUUCCGAACCAGCAAUGAAGAUGUUAAAUAAUGACGUUCUGUAGCAGAGGAGACUCUACAGAGCUCACAUUCACCAUGGACCUGGCCACGAUUCUCUUCUCCGUCAUUGUCAUCUUAUUUUUGGCCAAAGUUUUUAUGAACCAGAAAUAUGGAAAUUACAAAAAUUUCCCACCUGGACCAACACCUUUACCGAUCAUCGGAAAUAUCCUCACGCUUGACUUGUCAAAACCUCAUAUAUCAUUCAUGGAGCUUUCUAUGAAGUACGGUCCAGUCUUCAGUGUUCAAAUGGCCCUGACAAAAGUAGUUGUCCUAUGCGGUUAUGAAGUGCUGAAGGACGCGCUCAUCAACCACGCCGAUGCCUUUGCUGACAGACCUCGUGCACCAAUAGUUGCAAAAUUUUCAAAAAACAAUGGUGUUAUCUUUGCCAAUGGAGAGAACUGGAAAGUGAUGAGAAGAUUUACACUCUCCACACUACGAGAUUAUGGAAUGGGGAAAAGAACCAUAGAAAACAAGAUCACUGAGGAGGCCGAGUAUUUAGUGGAGAAGUUCAGGUCUUAUGAAGGGAAGCCCUUUGAUAAUUUGACCAGCAUUAAUGCAGCCGUAGCCAAUAUCAUUGUGGCCAUACUGCUCAGUAAAAGAUAUGACUAUGAGGAUCCGAUCAUACAGAGGCUGAUGGGUUUAAUCAAUGAAAAUCUUCGACUCUUCGGGAACCCCUGGGUCAGACUUUACAACAGUUUUUCCACAUUGAUGGACUUCCUUCCCGGACCUCACAGAAAAGUUUUUCAAAACAUCCGAGAGUUUCAGAAAUUUAUAAGGGCAACAUUUACCAAACAGAAGAAAGAACUGGAUGUAAACGACCAGAGGAACCUUGUUGAUGCCUUUCUGACCAAACAACAAGAGGGAAAGUCCGAAUCCACCGAAUAUUACCACAAUGACAACUUAACUGCAUUGGUAGCAGACCUGUUUGGUGCUGGAAUGGAGACCACCUCAACCACCCUGAGAUGGGGGCUUCUGCUCAUGAUGAAAUAUCCAGAGAUUCAACAAAAAGUCCAUAAUGAAAUUGAGAGAGUGAUAGGAUCGGCCCAACCUCAGAUGGAACAUAGGAAACAAAUGCCGUAUACUGACGCAGUCGUACAUGAAAUUCAACGCUUUGGGGAUAUUGCACCGACUAAUGUUCCACAUGCAACUUCUGAAGAUGUCACAUUCAGAGGGUAUUUUAUUCCAAAGGGCACUUUAGUUUUCCCAUUGCUGCACUCCGCACUGAGAGAGAGAACUUACUUUGAGAAACCGGAUGAGUUUUAUCCAGAACAUUUUCUUGAUUGUGAAGGGAAUUUCAAAAAGAAUGAGGCCUUCAUCCCCUUCUCAAUAGGUAAACGUAGCUGUGCUGGGGAAACCUUGGCUAAAAUGGAGCUAUUCCUGUUCUUCACAACACUAUUACAAAAUUUCACUUUUAAGCCUGUACCCGAAGCCAAAUUGGACCUCACUCCUGCAUUGGGGGUUACAAACUCCCCCCAACCCUUUGAGAUAUGUGCCAUAUCUCGCAGAUAGAGGAAGUGUUCAGCAAAUUCUAGCACAGGACAUAUAUAAGCCAAUAUUAUAUAUACCUCACAAUGACAAGGACUUUAUAUGUCAUUGUCAUUGUGAGUCUCCUCAUACCUCAACAACUUAAGUCUCUCCCACUUCACCUCCCUCUCCCUCUGUUGGACUCUCUUAAAGCUCUACCCUAGGGCCCUUAUUCUUCUGCAUCUUUAAGUUUUGCUCGGGACAGAUCAUAGAAUAAAAACAAAAAUAGAGAAACAGAAACACAGCCGCACAUCCACAGUUUGUAUUUUGAUCUACUUGCUCAGCAUAAAUUAAAAAACUACAGGUUGUUAUUAUACAUUUUGAUC